AGUGUGUGCGUACAGACAGGGCUUGUGGGAGACGGUUGCGAUGAACACGGUGCUGUCGCGGGCGAAUUUACUCUUCGCCUUCUCUCUGAGCGUGAUGGCGGCGCUCACCUUCGGCUGCUUCAUCACCACCGCCUUCAAAGACCGGAACGUCCCGGUGCGGCUGCACGUCUCCCGGAUCAUGUUAAAAAAUGUAGAAGACUUCACUGGACCUAGAGAAAGAAGUGAUCUGGGAUUCAUUACAUUCGAUAUAACAGCUGAUCUGGAAAAUAUAUUUGAUUGGAAUGUUAAGCAGUUGUUUCUUUAUUUAUCAGAAGAAUACUCAACAAAAAAUAAUGCUCUGAACCAAGUUGUCCUUUGGGACAAGCUUGUUCUGAGAGGUGAUAAUCCAAAGCUUCUAUUGAAAGAUAUGAAAACAAAAUAUUUUUUCUUUGAUGAUGGAAAUGGUCUCAAGGGAAACGGGAAUGUUACUUUAACUCUACCUUGGAAUGUUGUACCAAAUGCUGGAAUUCUACCUCUUGUGACAGGAUCAGGAUACGUAUCUGUCCCAUUUCCAGAUACAUAUGAAAUAACGAAGAGUUAUUAAAUUAUUCUGAAUUUGAAACAA